AUGUGGGUAGACGUCAGUGCGCGGGAAAAACAAAAUUACAUGACGCAAACAAACGGAUCAUUUAUACCCGGGUACACCGGCCACUGUCCCAUGCUGAAGUUUCGCUUCGGAAAAUGCUACGGAGACAACACGAGACAAAUACUUCGAGAAAUACGCUCUAAGGGACUAUUCAAUAAGCCAUUGGAGUACCGUCCUCGGGAUAAUUACGAGCUGAACAAUCUACCUCGCUUCGAGGAACCACAGCGGGACAUUUACGACGGCAUCAGGAACAAGCCACCAGCACACAUGACGGGGUACACUGGUUAUGUUCCCGGGAUGAAUUUCAGUUACGGGAAAUCAUAUGGACGGACAGCAGAUGACUGCAUGGCGAACUUUACAGAGAGACAAAGGGAAUUAAGACGCAAAGCAGAUUUCAAUAGAAGUUAUAUUCGCUCAAGAAGCGCGCCCAAGAUGGAAACGGUUCAUUCCAGAGAUGAAAUCCGACGGGACUUGAACAGAUUUAGAGAGAUUAAUAAAUAUAAAGAAAACACAAUAUCGCCCGAAUUCCCACCAAUAGCGGGUUACACGGGCCACAUUCCACGAAUUAAGGGAUCUGAAGCCUCUUUAAGUCAACGAUACCACUGCGCAGCAAAACGCGGUUUGGAGCUCAUCAAAAUGGAAAGAGAGAAUCGUCAAGAGUUACAAAAUGCUGACACGAAUAUUAAAGCAAUUUUGAAAGAAAAUGGAAAAAAGUAUUCUUAUUGGAACUGGGGAUAG